GGAAGGUAGCUAUGACGGGAAGGGCCGUCUUGGUUGUGGUGCCCCAUUUAUGGAACCAACUCCCCAGGGCGUUGUGCCAACACUGUAUACUUUUCAGUGCCAGUCAAAAACAUUUUAUUCUCCUGUUACUUUAAUUGUUGAAUAUAUGCUUAUGAUUUUAUAUUGGUUUUUAUUCAGAUGAUGAUUAAUUGGUUUCUGUGGAUUAGUGUCUAUUGUGUUGUGUAUUGUUAUGUUAUUCUUUUUGCUAAUUGUCAUUAUUUUUAUUUGUAAUAGUUAUUAUGGGGACGUUACUAUGUUUUAUGCUGUAAAUCAUUCCAAGAGUGUUAGCUAUAGGCCAGUCUAUAAAACUUUAAACAAACAAAUAGAUAAGCAUUUCUGCCACCUGAGGGUCUCCUCCUUCUCGGAUUAUAAUUAUGGCAUCUAGUUUAGCUGGCAUUCAAGCAAUUCUACCUGCAAAAUGCAUUUCAAAUUGAUCAUAAUAAACCUUCAUGGGCUCCAGCUCCUCCCCAGAAUUCCUGUUAAAGCUGGCUGGCAUUGUGCAGAUGUAAUGAUGACAGAGAAGUAGAAUAUUCUCACCACCUUUACAAAUACAGAGUAAGUCUGAAGAUUUGUCCUUACCUGCAUUUAGUCAUGCUAACAGUAAGACUUCCACGAUCUGUACUCUAGUUGUUGACCCAAUCACCUUGUUAACCACAAGUUUUCAGCUGAAUUGACUGUGUUUCGGAUGAGGAUGUUUCUUUAUUCUGGGAUCCCAGGAGGACCACUGGCUAAGACUGCAGGAAAUUCCCUAAUGGAUGUCAGAAAGCCUUCCUGAUCCAUCUCUCUAGGGUUGGGCGACUGAAGUUUCCUAUAAUCCUUGCAUUGGCUCUAGGCAGCUCAGUGAUCUUGCCUGAUCAGGUAAUGUUAAAGUCCAUGAUAAAGGAAAAAAUUUCUGGCUCCCUUUCCCACAGACCCUCACCUGAAUAAAAUACCGGGACCAGAUAUGACCCGUCACAUUUAUUGGGGCUCAUUAUUAUUUGUAAUAAGCUGUUGGUAACUCUGAAGUCCUGAGUUGCUCCAGCAUGUUGGUCUUGGUGUAGGUGUUGAAAUCCAACAAUGCAUGUGGUAGCCUAGGCUGGGAGACUGUUGAACAUUAGUGUGUACAGUACAGCAACAGAAUUCCCAGCCUUUCUUGGGAGCCCAACAACAGGCAUGGGCACUGAAAACUGGUAGAACUCAGGGAACAACGUACUUGGUCUUUGUAACCAAGGUGCCCCUCUUUGACCCCCAAUUUAUUUAUUUAUUUAUUUACUCAGGGAACAACGUUCUUGGCCUUUGUAACCAAGGUGCCCCUCUUUGACCCCCAAUUCAUUCAUUCAUUCAUUCAUUCAUUUAAACAACUUAUCUGCCGCCCCAUCUCAUGAGCCUCGGGGUGGCUUACAAUUGAUUGGUUCUGCCAAGUAAACAUGUCUGGAUGAGACGAGUGACAUGGAUUUCUCCCAAUCUGUUAUACAGGCAGUGAAGGGUGUGUGCAUCAUGGAUGAAGCCAAAAAACACCUUCUGUUAAGUGAACUGGUACUCAGCAGCAGAACCUUCAGACCUAUGAAGUUUGCAGGACAGCUACUAGAAUUCCCAAAGUUAGAGAGGACAAAGUGUGCAGCUGUUGACUUUCAUGGUUUGGGGCCAUCGUAUCUAAAAGGGCUGCCUAUUUGCAUAUGUAAUAGGAAUAGGUAAUGAUCUGAGAGAUGGAAAUCUUGAAGCCAUGGAAGAAAAUGUUUUUUUUCCUCCAGGAAAAAUGGACAUUUUGAGAAAAUGGGAAAAUAAGCUUUUAGUGCUUUUUCCAUAUCUAAAGUUAUUUCAUUUAGAUAUUAUCAUGUCAAAAUUAUUAAAUUUAAAUGUAUACAAUUAUAAAUCCACUGAGUUUUCAGUAAAAUUGGUUUAGUUAUUUGUUAUGAGUAAAGCAAGUUAUACAUGCUACAUUAUUUUGGUUCCUGUUUUAUGUGUUAUCAGAAGGAACUUUAGCAUAGCCUCUGAAACGUUUGAGUCAUUCUAGAAGCCAGAAAAAGUGGGAAAGAGCUGGAGGAAGAUUUAUGUGCAGCAUAAUUGAAAAUUAGACUUUAGAUCCAUAAUUUUAAUAAGGAAUGGAAGAAGUAACAAUGAUCAGAGAUGAGUAAAACAUUUAAUCCCAUGGCUUCAAAAUUUCCAGAAAUUUCACACUUCCUAUUCCAUAGAAACCAUUUUGGUGGAAUAAAGGCCAGGUUAUACUGUAUCAACAUCUUCUCUUAAACAUUUUAUUCAUUAUUCUAAAAACAAUAGCAUAACUCAAAAUUGCAUUGAUAGUUGUUCCAACGUAUCCAGUGUUACAUAAAAAACCAAGAUCCUUGUGAGGUAGACUAGAAACUGGUUCUUCCCUCCAUUUUUCCUCUCUUUUUCUUCUUUGCAUUGGCUGAGUGCUUCUGCAUAUUAAGCUCUAGUUACUUAUGAGUAGUCCUUUUCUUAGUGGCAAGUAGUCCCUGGAGAGAUCCUUCCUAGAGAGAUUUAGCCAAUCAAAGCAAAGCCUUUUAAAUACUUCAAAAAAUAAGUUUUUUUAAAAUCCCCCUUUGUGCAGUUUUGCUAUUCUGCUUUGAUACAUUGUUUUCUUGCUGCUUUCAAAUGUGUGUGUUUGAGUAAUGUUACUGGUUUUUAUUAUAGUGUUUUAACAUGUAUGCCACCCUGAAAACUUCAGUUAUAUGGUGAACAACAAACAGUUAUAUAAUAAUAAUAUCUCACUUGCUUUUCCUAACAUUUCUUCUGUGCUCUCCAUCACCAUCAUAAAACCAUCUGUCCUCUAUCAAUUCAGUGUUGCCUUCUUACCUUCCAGAGCACUUAAUCCUCUCUUCCCUUUACUCAUAACAAAAGCUGCAAUGGUUAUACUUGCAUAGGGAGCAACAAUAUUGCUCAGGGAGAACAAAACACAGCUACCUAAUAACUAAGGGAGAUAAUGUAGUAACUAACUCAGUAUAUAGCAUUAACUCACAGAUCAUAUAUAUCAACUUUACUUAACAGGCUCCUUAUUUAUUUUUUUUAAAUUUAAAGAUCUGACUCUUGACCAUUGCUUCCUUCUUCAAGCUAUAACCCAAAGGCAUGACGCCCUUUGGCAUUGCCCAUUCAGUGGCCACCUGCAUUAAAGCCAGACUCAGUGGCCAGAAGCCACACUAACUUCUAGGUAGAUCACACAUAGUUUUCAGUUGUGUGUAAUAGUCUUUUUCAGAGGCUCUUUGUAACUGAAGCAUAAACUUUGACUUAGGCUUAUUGUAAGAAUGCUAACAUUCAGGACUUUUGUGCCCUGCCAUGCAUUUGAAUCUGUAAAUUUGGACAGUAAAUUGUAUGACUAUAGUUUUAAUAUUUUGCUUGAUAGAAUGUAUAUUUAAUUACCAAAUGAGAUUGGGGAAGAAAUCCUAGGUCUCUUUUUGAGAAUCCUGUAUAAAAUUCAGUAGUUGUGGAAUAUACUGUUAAAUUGCAAUCUGCAUAUGAAUGUUAUGAAUUGAUAGUAUAGUUUAACAGGACAUUAACAAGCAUUUGCUAUCUUUUAUGCCUUUAAAAUAUAAAGAUUAUAGUGUAUCUACUUAAAGUCAUAUAAUAUAUCAGCAUGAUGGUAGUAGGUAGGAGAAUGAAACCAUGUCAUACCAGGCUAGCCUUGGGCUAGCCUGGCUCUUCUGCUCCAUUCCGAGUACAUGUAGAAUGUAACAGAUUGACUGUGGGGUGACCUUUUCCUUACUGUAUUCCUUACUCCUUACUGUAUUCUCAUACCCCGAAUAUGGUUUGGAGGCUUUCCCAUCCUUCCAGAAGAAAUUGGAGGCUGUAGUGGAAGAAGAUGAGGAACCUUUUUGGAGAUGUACGAGUAAGAAGUCGGGCAGGAUUUGAAACAGAGAGAAGAGGCUCUCAUCCAUACAUUGAUUUCCGUAUUUUUCACUCAAAUUCUGAAAUUGAAGUUUCUGUGUCUGCAAGAAAUAUCCGAAGGUUACUGAGUUUCCAGCGGUACUUGAGAUCAUCUCGUUUCUUCCGUGGUAUUACUCUUCCAAAUUCUUCAAACAUUUUAGAUGAUGAUUACAAUGGACAAGCUAAGUGUAUGCUAGAAAAAGUUGGAAACUGGAAUUUUGAUAUCUUCCUUUUUGACAGACUAACAAAUGGGAACAGUUUAGUCACCUUAACCUUCCACCUGUUUAAUCUCCAUGGACUUAUAGAGCACUUCCAACUAGAUACAAUGAAGCUCCGCAGAUUUUUAGUAAUGGUUCAAGAAGAUUACCACAGUCAAAACCCAUAUCAUAAUGCAGUUCAUGCUGCUGAUGUGACUCAGGCCAUGCACUGUUAUUUAAAAGAACCUAAGCUUUCCCAGUCUCUGACUCCAUGGGAUAUUUUACUCAGUUUAAUUGCAGCUGCCACUCAUGAUUUGGAUCACCCAGGUGUUAAUCAGCCUUUCCUUAUUAAAACAAACCAUUAUUUAGCAACUUUAUACAAGAAUACCUCAGUAUUAGAAAACCACCACUGGAGAUCAGCAGUGGGAUUGUUGAGAGAAUCUGGAUUAUUUGCACAUAUGUCACUAGAAAACAGGCAGCUGAUGGAAAGCCAGAUUGGGGCUCUGAUUCUUGCCACUGAUAUCAGUCGGCAAAAUGAGUAUCUGUCCCUGUUUCGCACUCAUUUGGACAAGGAAGACUUGUGCUUAGCAGAAGAGAAUCAUCGUCAUCUCAUUCUUCAGAUGGCUUUGAAAUGUGCUGAUAUUUGCAAUCCAUGUCGGACUUGGGAACUCAGCAAGCAGUGGAGUGAAAAAGUAACGGAAGAAUUUUUUCAGCAAGGAGAUGUUGAGAAGAAAUACUGCUUGGGAGUGAGUCCACUUUGUGACAGACAGACAGAAACUGUUGCCAACAUCCAAAUUGGUUUUAUGACCUACUUGGUGGAACCAUUGUUUGCAGAAUGGGCUCGUUUUUCCAACACCAAGUUGUCUCAGACAAUGCUCGGUCACUUGGGACUAAAUAAAGCAAGCUGGAAGGGUGUACAGAGAGAACAAUCCAGCAGUGGUGAUGAUACUGAUCCUGCAUUUGAAGAAAUGGACUCUGAUGUAGUACCUCAGGAACAUCGACUAUCUUGACCCCAGAAUCUGCUUAACAAACUGCCUGUUGCCUGAUACCUGCGAAACAGGGUUUGAGGAUAAAUUAUGUCUGACUGCCAAGGUUUCAGUGUAAACAAUGCCAGCAUUAUUUAUUUCCAAGCUUUCCUUUGAUAAAUCAUUUGAACCCAGUAUCCAGUUACAAGACCUGAACAUAGAGCAAUAUGCGUAUGCCUCGGUUGGCUUCUGCAUGGAACCUUGAAUAUGCAAACUCAAAGAGUGAAUGAACCUUGAUGUAGAAAAGUACAAGAUGUAAUGUGCCACAUUAUUUUAUUUGUUUUUAAAGGAAAUUUGAAAUAAGGCCUUCAAAGUUGCCACAUGACAUGGAUGAUUCCAUUCUCUUAAAUGUUAGCAAGAUUCCAUUCAGUCUUUGUCUAAAGUGUGGAAAUGUGAAGUGCCCAUACUUGGCUGCCUUGGGCAAGAACUGAUGUUUGCAAAUGUACUUGGAAACAUAGGUUUUAAACUAACCUUUCUGCAUGGCUCUGAAGGAACCACUAACUUUAAAAAGAAAAUCAAAUCUGAAACUGCAGUUCAUUUUCCUCUUAGUUGGCUAAAUGUCCCAUGCCACUAUUUUGGCCAUGCGUUGGGAACAUUUAAUGUAAAGCACAGUCAAACUUUUAUUCCACUGCAGAAUGGGCAUGCAAUUUUAGCAGGCAGAAAUAUUUAUGAAUUUUGGGAGGGAGGUGGGAUCAGAGAGAGGAGAGGAAGAGUCCUAAUUGUAUUAGAAUUCUACAAUGAAAACAUUUGCAUGUUGUUUUCACUAUUGUACACUUGAACUGCACAUAUAAGAAAAAAAGGUGGAAUGACUAUGAACACCAGAAACAGCUCAGGGUAUUUGCCAAUCUGAAAUAAAGUGGGAUGGGAAGUGUGUCCUUCAGAACAAGGGUACAAUGCCCCUUUCGCUGCAGAGUGUGUAUGCGUGUGUGUUUGCGUCUGUGUGUAUAAUUGGGGGGAGGAAGGGGGAGAUGGGAAGGAUUUGAAAGGCAAUGUUUUUUAUUUAUUCUUUUUAAAAUGUGACAUUUUCAUGAGCAACCACAGGGGGGAAACUAACAGGUUGCUACAGCUGCCUUAAACUAUGCACAAAGCUAAGUGACCAAAUUUUGUUGUUGAUUGAAAAAGUGCAUUGUUUACUUAUUCCUCCCUCUACUGAAAUGUUACCCAAUAUGGGUUUUUUGAUGUGAAAAGGAGAAAUGUUUUUAAGGACAAAUUUUAAGGACUAAUUUUUAAUCUUCAAGCAUUCCUUUUUUUGUAAUUUGUUUUUUUAACAUUGUUUUAAGUACUGUAAGCACAACUGUAAUCUAUUUUGAGAAACUGGUGCUUUCUUUUUGUUCAUUUGUAUUUCCCUUGUUCUUACUGUAAAGACUGUUUAUUCCAUUCUGUUUACAGUUGCAACAGCCAUUUUUGGGAGAGAGCUUCAGCGUAAAGCCAUUUGUUAUAGGCUUUGCCAUACUCAUUUUACUGUGCCUGUUGCUGUUAACUUUUGAUUAUUAAUAAAAACUUUUCACAUUA